UCGAUGCACGUGGAUUAAAUUAUACCGCUAUCGCGCUGCUUACUGAUGUGAUCACACUCGAAAAGUAUAUAAAAAGUUGUGUUCGAUUCGUAUGUCCAUCAAACAGUUCGUCAAUUCUUUUCAAUUGAUACGCUUACAGUAAACUUUUAAUAGUUCAAAGCUGAAAAAAUGCAGAGUCUAAAGUCUUUCACACUGCUGUUCAUUGGCUUGGUGGUAUCCGAGUUCUUAGGCGUGAAUGUGUGUGAAAAACCGUCCGUGCAAGAAAGAGUACAAGCUCUGGAGUUGAUCAAUUCUCCAAAACAACUAGACGUAAACAAAAGAGACACAAAAGGAAAUACAGCUCUGCAUAGAGCUGCUAUGUAUGGUCACAAUGAUGUCAUCAAAGAGCUCAUUCGUUUAGGAGCCAAAGUUAAUAUUGAAGAUCCUUCGAAAGCGACACCUCUUCAUUUAGCUGCUAAGAAUGGUCACCAGGAUGUUGUUGAAGAGCUCAUCAAGAAUAAAGCUAAAGUUGAUUUGAAAGAUGAUUUUAACCUGACACCUCUUCAUUAUGCUGCUAUGGAAGGUCACAAAGAUGUCGCCAAACUUCUCAUCGGUAAAGGAGCCAAUGUUAAUAGUGCAGAUCAAUCGAAUCUGACACCUCUUCAUUUAGCUGCUUUGAAUGAUCACAAGGAUGUUGCUGAAGAGCUUAUCCGUAAAGGAGCCCAUGUUGAUAUCGGAAAUCAUUUGAAUUGGACGCCUCUUCAUUUAGCUGCUGAGAAGGGUCACAAGAAUAUCGUCAAUCUUCUUAUCGGUGAAGGAGCCAAAGUUAAUAUUAGAAAUGACUCUAAUAUGACACCUCUUCAUUUAGCAGCUUUGAAUGGUUACAUGGAUGUUGCUAAACAACUCAUGGCCAAUAAAGCCAACGUUAAUUAUAAAGAUGAUUUUAAUAUGACACCUCUUCAAUAUGCUGCUAAGAAUGGUCAUAAGGAGUUGGCUAAAUAUCUCGGUGGACGAAAGUGAUUUAACUUAAUAAUCGGAUUAUUUCCUUCAACUGUCAUUUGAAAUAUAAAUUCCAAUACAUUUUUUGUCAAUCUUUGACCAUA